AUGGCGCCAGCAGCAACAGGUGGCAAGAAGCAAAAGAAGAAGUGGUCCAAGGGCAAGGUCAAGGACAAGGCCAACCACGCCGUGGUGCUCGACAAGAACACUGGCGAGAAGCUCCAGAAGGAUGUCCAGUCAUACCGCCUCAUCACAGUCGCCGUCCUCGUCGACAGACUGAAGAUCAACGGCUCGCUAGCACGCAAGGCCCUUAACGACCUCGAGGAGAAGGGUGUCAUCAAGCAAGUGAUCGGACACAGCGCCUGCAAGGUUUACACACGCGCAGUCGGUGGUGGCGAUUAG